AUGGAGACUCAAGAGCAACAGCCUCUUUUACGGCCAUCUACCCAAUACCAUACCAUACCAGGAGGCCAACUCCAGCAGCCUCUCAGCGUCUCCGAUGAGUCUCAUACUCCAUUUCCCGACUCCUUGCCCGGAGCGACAUACACCAAAACCCUAAACUGGUCAAGCGCGUACAUACUGGUUGUGUCACGGGUGAUUGGAAGUGGAAUCUUUGCUACACCAGGCUCUAUCGUCAAAUCUGCCGGAAGCAUCGGACUAACACUUCUAGUAUGGUUGGUGGGAACGAUAUUGUCGGGAUGCGGUCUCGCUGUCUCCAUGGAGUACGGCUGUAUGCUCCCCCGUUCCGGGGGAGAAAAGGUGUACCUCGAGUAUGCUUAUCCCCGACCGCGUUUUCUCGCUUCUACUUUGAUUGCUGUUCAAGCUGUGCUGUUGGGGUUUACCGCGAGCAACUCCAUCAUCUUUUCAAAGUAUACGUUUUUUGCGCUCAGUGUUGAGCCUACUGAGCUCCAGCAUAAGCUCCUCGCUAUAGGGCUGCUGACAGCAAUUACUAUCGUCCAUGGUGUAUUUUUGAAAACCGGUAUAUUUGUUCAGAAUGUCCUUGGUUGGGUCAAGAUUUUCUUGAUCGGCGCAAUGUCGCUGACUGGGAUUUGGGUUGUCUUUCUCCGCUUCAGUGGUGACCUUGGUGACAUAUCCCCUGGAUCGAGUGUCGGAACUUUCUCUUGGGAUUCAAUUUGGGAGGAUUCAAACUGGAGCUGGAGUCUGCUUUCGACUGCAUUGUUCAAGGUUUACUAUUCCUAUGCAGGACUGAGCAACAUCAACAAUGUCCUCAACGAAGUGCAUGAUCCAGUCGGGAUCGUGAAGACCGUGUGUCCCACUGCACUUCUUACGGCCGGAAGCUUGUAUUUUCUUGCAAAUCUUUCAUACUUCCUUGUCAUCCCUAUUGAGGAGAUCAAGAGCAGCGGAGAGCUGGUCGGUGCUUUGCUCUUCGAAAGAUUAUUCGGCGAUCACAUUGGGAGAAUAUUCUUUCCUCUUGCUAUUGCAAUCUCUGCUGCUGGGAAUGUGAUGGUGGUAACCUUCGCUCUGGCACGAGUCAAUCAAGAGAUAGCUCGACAAGGGUUUCUGCCAUGGCAGAAUGCGCUCUCUUCUACAAAGCCAUUCGGAACUCCCCUUGGUGGACUCAUCGUGCACUAUAUCCCUUCUGUUCUGGUGAUUGGUCUGCCACCCCAAGGUGAUGUCUACAACUUCAUCUUAGACUUGGAAGCGUACCCAGGCCAAGUAGCUGCCUUGGCAGUUACUGUUGGAUUGUUGAUAAUUCGUUAUCGAGAGCCAAAUCUUCCUCGACCCUUCAAAGCAUGGUUGCCAGCUAUCUGGCUACGUGUUGUGGUUUGCCUUAUCCUGCUAGUAACACCUUUCGUUCCACCACCCAACUGGCAAGGUGACGUUGAUUUCUUUUACGCUACUUAUGCCCUAGUGGGUAUUGGAUUAAUAAUCUUCGGUAUCUUAUACUGGUACAUCUGGACUGUGAUACUUCCUCGGAAGGGGGGAUAUAAACUCGAAGAGGAGAAGGAGAUACUGGCUGACGGCACUGGUAUCAUUAAACUUGUUCGCGCAUAUGGUUUCUAG